GCUGCUCCUUUGGACAGAAUAUCAGAUGCCUAAAGGCUUAAGUCCCUUGCUGAGCUAAGGUAGCCUUCUAAAACAAAGAUGUCUUAUUCUCUCACCUUUGCUCAUUCAAUACAUAAUAGUAUCACAAUCCCUGUUCUCGCUACAAAAAACAACCACCAUUGCUACUAUAACUGCUAUAGUACCAAAACUUCUCGGAGAACUAAUAAGAUUGUCAGUUGCCAAAACAAAGAAAAAGCAGAAGGGGACCGUAGCAGUCUCUCUUCAGCUCUGACACUGUCCCACGAAAACCCUCAGGAUGUGAUAACAACCACAGAUAGGGUGGUUGACAAUGGUAUAAAAACCACGUCUACCACCACUGCUAUCAUGCCUCUUCUUAAGCCAUCUGAUGGUAUUGGCAUUGUUAGUUAUCUUCGGGGCAAGAACUAUCUUAUCACAGGUGCAACUGGGUUUCUAGGCAAAGCUUUUAUUGAGAAGAUGUUACGUACAAUACCAGAUGUGGGGAAAAUCUUUCUCUUGAUUAAGGCAAAGGACAAAGAAGCUGCCAUCCACAGACUGAAAACUGAAAUUUUAGACUCAGAACUCUUCAAGUGCUUGGAACAAAUGCAUGGGGAAUCCUUUGAGGCUUUCAUGAUGAGAAAGCUGGUCCCAGUAGCUGGGAAUGUUUGUGAACCCAAUCUGGGGAUGGAUCCUGAUACAGCUAAUGAAAUAGCAAAAGAAGUUGAUGUGAUCAUAAAUUCAGCUGGCAAUACAAAUUUUGAUGAAAGGUAUGAUGUUGCUCUUGACACAAACACAAGAGGACCUUCUCGGCUCUUAGGUUUUGCAAAGAAGUGCAAGAAACUUGGCCUUUUCUUGCAUGUAUCAACCGCAUAUGUCAAUGGGGAGAGACAAGGAUUAAUUAUGGAGAAACCUUUCCACAUGGGACAGACAAUAGUAGGGGAAAGUGUCACCUCAGAAACCCCACCAAUAUCUAUCCCAGUGCUGGAUAUUAUAGCUGAAAUAGAGUUGGCUUCAAAUUUGAAGUUUUCUGUGCAUAAAAAUGAAGUUACUCAAAAGUUGAAAGAAUUGGGUUUGGAAAGGGCAAAAUUAUUCGGAUGGAAAAACACAUACGUGUUCACUAAGGCCAUGGGAGAGAUGCUAAUAAAUAGCAUGAGAGGAGAUAUUCCAAUAGUCAUCACCCGCCCUACCAUCAUUGAGAGUACCUAUAAAGAUCCUUUUCCUGGAUGGAUACAAGGAAAUAGAAUGCUAGAUCCAGUGAUUAUAUCUUACGGUAAAGGCCAACUCUCAGGAUUUGCUGCAGAUCCGAAAGCAAUCGUAGAUGUGGUUCCUAUGGAUAUGGUCGUCAAUGCAUUCAUAGCAGCCAUUGCAAAGCAUGGGAUUGCUGGGAAACCAGGUUUAAAUGUCUACAAUAUUGGGUCAUCUACUGUAAACCCCAUUGCGUAUGAAGAUGUACUCAAGUUUUGUUGCGAUCACUUUACUAGUUUUCCGUUGAAGGACUCAAAAGGAAAGAACAUAAGGGUCACUGGAUUCAAGUUUUUUAGCUCAGUGGACAAUUUUUCCUCUAACAUAUCGGAUGAGAUAGCUCAAGGAAUUGGACUAAUGGAUGCAAAAAUUUCAGACUCUAUCUUAAAAAGCAAGCUGGAAAUGAAAUGCAAGAAGAGAGCGGAGCUUAUGGUUGACAUGGCGAAGUUAUAUAAGCCAUAUGCGUUCUUUAGGGCACGAUUUGACACUCGUAAUACCCAGAAAUUGAUGGAAGACAUGUCCUUGGAAGAGAUGAGGAAUUUUGAAUUCAAUGUACGAAGCAUAAAUUGGGAGCAUUACAUUGUAGACAUUCAUAUUCCAGGUGUAAAAAGGCAUGUCAUGAAGGAAAGACUAGUUAUCAAUGAAUAAAGAACUGUAUCAGAGAGAGAGAGGGAGAGGUGUUGAGUUGAGCCCUUUUCUAUAUCAUAUCUGUGUCUUCAUGUUUAUAUAUAUUACCACUUGAAUAAUGUCCGCAGAGGACUAUGUAACGUAUAUUGGAAUAAUUUCUCAUGCUUAUAUUAAAAUUGUACUACGUAUUAGAUGAAAGAGUACUUGAGGUGUAAAGAUUUUUCAAUUUAGUCACUCA